AUGGUGGAGUCUUUAAAAAGUAAAAUUGAUGAGGUGGAACUCUUAUUGUCCAUGUUCUCUGAAGAUGAAAUUAAGCUAGGAGACAAGAAAAGCUAUUUAAAUAUCAAACGUCAUGCAGAAUUGAAUGUUAUUCCUGAAAAGACAGAUGUCGAUUUCGUAAUCAAGCUUAAAAAGAAAGUAGAAUUAUCAGUUGUCCUACCCGAUGGUUACCCUUCAUGGAAUACACAUCAUCCUGUUAAGCCACUAAUUACUCUACGUUUUUUAUCCGAUAAUUCAAUUCUUGGCAUAAAUAUACGUGAGUUAUCCUCACGUUUUUAUCAUUGGUUUGAUAAAAUCGCAAAUACUGGUGAACCAAUCUUACUAGCAUGCAUAGACUGGCUUCAAAAUGAGUUAUUUAAUGAAUUACUAGUAACUAAUGAAAGUGUAACAUCUCUCUCAACCAAUUCAGUUUUGAGUAACAAUGAGAAGAUUGUUUGUUUAUGGAUUAUUAGCCAUCACAUUCGAAGUCCAAUAAAAAGACGUCUGAUUUUGGAAUGGUCAAAAGAAUUAGAACUAACCGGCUGUUGUAUGCCUGGGCGACCAGGCUUAGUAAUUGUAGAGGGUGAAGAAACCAAGGCGGAUGAAUAUUGGAGAAGACUACGAAAUUUACAAUGGAAACAUAUACAACUUCGAGAAAAAGAAAUACUUGGUAUAGGUUUAUAUAGAAUUCGUCGUUUUCAAGAUGGAUUUCAUGAACUUACAUUAUCUCAACAAAGUUGGUUUUCAUGGCUUCAUAAACAUGGUGUUACAUCAGAAGAGUAUAGACAUGUUUUUGGAAUUCCUGGUCGAUUGCCUCAAAAUGAACAACAAUAG